AUGAGGACGAGCUGCGGUUGGCCCAGAUGGGUAGAUUUCCCAUUCUGUGCGAUUGGCAGGUAUGAUAUUGACCGCUACGCAGGGCAUAAACAGGAGUUAGAACGACAUUUCUCGCUUUGGAGUCUGAUUGGACUGGCGGCGAAUUGUACUAUUUCAUGGACAGUGAUAUAUGGCUUCGUCCUCGUUUUUAUCCUUCAAUCUUUCGUCGGCGCUUCUCUGGCAGAAUUUGUAUCAGCGUACCCCACGGAAGGAGGAAUGUACCAUUGGAUUGCCGCCAUUGCUCCCAAACGAUACAACAGCUUGCUCAGCUUUGCCACUGGAUGGUGCACUGUAUUCGGAUGGAUCUUUACAACUGCAUCGACCAAUUUGAUUUAUGCCACAGCGGCCAUGGCGCUGAUUGCUCUUUACCAUGAUGGCCUGGUGGUCCAGCCAUGGAUGACCUUUGUCGCAUAUCAGAUCCUCAAUAUCCUGACUGCGGGCGUGGUCAUGUUCGGGAAUCGGUUUAUUCCGAUGAUCAACAAGUUUUCGUUGGUCUACCUGCAAUUGGCCUGGUUUAUUACCAUGGUUGUCGUGGCUGCCAAAGCGCCAGUUCAUAAUGACAGCAAAUUUGUGUUUCGCACCUGGAUCAACAACACCGGCUGGGACAACAAUGUUAUCUGCUUUAUCACUGGACUAGUCAAUCCAAUGUACUCACUUGGAGGUUUGGAUGGAAUUUCGGUAAGACGUACCUAUUGUCAAAGUGCCCGGGUGAGUGCAGUCGCUGACUGUACCUUAGCACAUCACAGAAGAAAUGCCCAAUCGAUCACCCUAUCAAUUGCGUUCGUGACCGGAAUAUCAUAUCUGCUCAGCCUGAUGUUUUCAGUUCAAGAUUAUGGCAGCUUGGCUGACACACAUACUGGACUUCCUCUUGCCGAGCUCUUUUGGCAGGCAACCUCUACGAGAGGUGGAGCAUUCGGGCUGGUGUUCAUGGUGUGGAUUGCUCUUGGACCCUGCGUCAUUGGUUCGCAGUUGAGUACUGGGCGAGUCUUCUGGGCGUUUGCCCGUGACGAAGGCCUGCCUUUGUCGAAAAUAUGGGCCCGUGUCAACCCUAAGCUGGGCUCUCCGUUCAAUGCCCAGCUCUGUGUUGCUGUGAUUGUGGGCCUUCUCGGAUGCAUAUACUUGGGGUCAAGCACGGCGUUCAAUGCAAUGAUGAGCUCUGCCGUGACAAUCAACAACUUUGCCUACCUUGUGCCCAUUCUGACGAAUGUCCUCUUAUUCCGUCGAACCAUGCACCGUGGUCCAUUCUUCAUGGGCCAGAAGUUUGGAAUGACCGUGAACAUCAUCGCCGUGGCGUGGCUGGUGUUCGCCAUUAUAUUUUUCUCGUUCCCGUAUCAGAUGCCUGUAACUGUAUCAAACAUGAACUAUACCUGCGUUGUUGUAGGCGGAUUCUUGAGCAUUGAGCUUGCUUGGUGGCUCAUUGCGGGAAAGAGGUAUUCUGAUACUGUACAGCGAGCCAGGGAAGAAGGAACCAGUGAGACAGUAGUUAUCGCAGAUGGGAAGUCCGAUGAGUGA